AUGAACUUCGUCUGUAUUUUGGCAAGUUUAGUGAUAGCCGGAAUAGCCGGGGAGAAACUAUCGUCGAUGGAAAACGAACAGAUUCAGCAGAUUUGCGGAAGGCACAAAAAUAGUGAGACGUGGCUGAACUCAGCCAAUUAAAUUCGAGAGCAAACUUUCAGUAGAGCAAAAGGUAAUGAACGGAGUGAAAGCGGAGCCAACUGAUGCUCCAUGGGCGGUCGCGAUCGAUGUGUUCAGAAGUGAGGCGGGCAAAAGCUUCCAUUCAUCCGAGCAUUGAAUUUAGCGGACGGUCUGAUGCACUGCACGGGAACUCUCGUGUCUUCUCGCCACGUCAUCACCGCUCGACACUGUUUUCUGAAUGAUUUCGAAAAAGGAUCGUUCACUUAUGUUUCGGACGAUCGGAGAAUCGAUUAUAAAAACUGCGAGGGAAAGUGGGAGAAACUGUUCGAAGCGGUGAAUGGAAUGGGAUUUCAGAGAUUUCAUAGUUCCAAGAGGCUCGGAUAAGGCCGAAAUUCACUUUUCCACGAAAUGUCGCAAUGAAAAGGCGUGUGCUUCAAUCAAUCUUAGUCCGGAUCUGGUGACCAGGUUCACCCAAAGAGUAAUUCUCCCGGGCGUCUGUUCUGAAAUGAGUUCGGAGCCCAUGGAUCACGACGAUUUCGCCAUUCUGGAGUUGGACGGAGACGUUCUGUUCUCGGGAAGUAUCCAUCCAGCAUGCAUUCCCAGUCAGUCAAGUUUAGAGUUUCCAUGUUAUCAAUCCAAUUUCAGUGACUUCGGUCGGGCUUGAACGAGGAACCACUCUGACCACUUACGGCUUCGGAUUCGACCGUAAUUCUCCACUUUCCAAUCUCACAGAUGUUGAUUGCUUUCAGCUGAUGAUCAUAUUGUUCCUACCGGAGUUCUUCGCUUCGAAUCCGUUAUUGUGAGUAUUCCGCUUUUAAAUGAACGGCCUGAGUUUUUCAAAGAUUACGUACGAUAAGAACUGCGAGUUUGAAAAGUUUUUCUGCUCACUCAGUUACACUGGAAAACAACUGGCGUGCAAGGUAAUCGACCCCUGCUGCGAAAAAAUCUUGUUUCGCGUUGAUUCAGGGCGACAGUGGUGCUGGAAGUGUUCUCGAGGUGAACAAUCGGACGAUGCUGAUAGCAGUUUUGAGCAGAGGGGUGGAGUGUCGGAAAGGACUGAGGAACCAGGCAGAUUACUUGGCCCCCGUUGUCCGGUACAAAUCAAACAUUUGCAAAUACACAGGCAUUUGUGAAACGUAAAGAUGGAGGAGAAGUAUUCAUUAAAAAACUGUCCUCAGAACAACUCCGAGAAAGGACUACGAUGUUUCGCAUUUGUACGGAAGGGAACAGCCGCUAAUUCGGAGCAGCUCGAUCAGAUAUCCAAACGCUCUUCUGUUGCUUUUGUGUUUUCCCAUUAUAAAAUCAUGAAAUACACGCUUGAAACCUUGUUUUCUGUGCACUUUUUGCUAACUGUAGUUUUAAAGGCACACUUGAUUUUCGCCAAAGGUCUCACAACGAAAAAACAGUUUCGCUAAAUGUUGCUCAGUUUUGUUUUCCAUUCGUUUCGAAGUUUUGUUUUGCAUUUCGUUUCGUUUCAGAUAUUUUUCAAUCAAAUGGUGCUACUUUGAAAUUAAAAAUAUCUCGGAAUAAAAGUGUUUCCAAAUAAGGAAUUUCUCGUUGAGUUUUGUGUAUUUCGAAACACUUCUAUUCUGAGACAUUUCCUAUUUUGAAGUAGCACCUUUCAAACGGUAUCUGAUCCCGGAAAUGGUUUCUUCAGAAAAAACACUGAAAAAUUAUGUGUUUUGAGCAGACAUAAUUGAGCACAAGAAAUUGUUUUCACCUUUCGAGACGACCAAAUUCCAGAAAAUGUGAUUUUUGCAGAAUGCCUCUGGACAUUUUGGAGGUUCCCCACUGUCUCGUCUGUCUAAACAAUUAUGGUCUGUUUUUACCCUCCUGAACUUUCCGAUCCUCGCAUUUCAGAUUCGACCAAUCGCAUUCCCGCAGCACUCACGUGCGGACACACCAUGUGUCGUUAUUGCGUCGAAGAAAUUUCCAUUCGGAGCAGAGGGAGUCCUAUGUGAGCAUUUCAGCUAGUAAAUUAUUAUACUAUUUUCCUAUUUUUCAGCUGUCCAGUGUGCCGAGUAAGCUUCCAAAUACAAGUAAAGUUCAUUGUUCUCAAAUUAUAUUUCAGAUCGAAUUCUCCACUGAUCAAACUAUCAGAAUUUACCAAUUAGAAGGUAUUCUUGCACUUUUGUGGAACGCUCAAAAAAUUUUUUCUAGAAUGUGCAAAGAUGGUGAAAGGGUUUAUCGAAUCGAAAACUGACGAGAAGAAGCACAUCGGGGAGUUGGAAGAAUUGGUCAGUCUCCAGAAAAUGAACAUGGAUCGUCUUCAAGACGAGGUCGCCUUUCUGAAUGUGAAAGUCGAAGAAGCCGCCGAAAUGCUGGUAGACAUUAAAUUCGACAACGUAAGUUGAUUUAUUCAAUCAUGUAUUAAUUCAACUUUUUUUAGAAAGUUCAAGAAAUCUUGACAAACGAAAAUACCGUGUACAAUGGUUACGAAGAAGUGCACGCAAAGGCCCGUCGCUGGCUGGAAGAGAACGAUCUGUCGGCGAAAGACAUAAAACUCGAAUCACCCGAGAUGCGCACGCUGCGCAGAGACUAUCUCAAAAACUUGAAAGACAACUUGCGCUGCCCGAAUGAGCACGGACAGAUGGUGCCGAUGUCCGAGUAUGAAUUGAGCAAAAUCUUCAAUUACGUCGCUCGAAUGACUUACCGCCAACUGCUCAUUUACACCUGUCCGGAUGGAAUGACCGAAGAAAGAUCUCGGCUUUUAGCCAAGUUUCUCAACGAUUUCUCUCACAAGUUCGCAAUCAAAACUCGCUUCAAAGAAAGAGCCUGAUCGUGUCAAAUACACCUGUCUUAACCCCAAUAAUAUAUUCGACUUCUGUACUAAAGGUAAUAAAUAUUGAUUGAUAGGAGCUCUUUCAUUGUUCCAAUAUUUCUGUCGUUGUAUCUAUCCGACAUUCUUUUUUUUCUAACACGCCGUCACUGCCGACUGAAAGUCUAGGAUGGCUUCCAUCUCUGUGGUGCCGAAUGUCGAGAUGCCGUCGUGUCCAGUUUGUCAAGAGGAAUUCGGUCAGUUCAAAUGGGUAGUAUACGAAAAUAAUAAUUGUUAUUUUACCGUCUCAGAAAGCGAUAGGCACGCCCCGAUGAGUCUGGGAUGCGGGCACAGCGUUUGCGAUGCCUGUGUCAAACAAUUUCUAUCUAGAAACGAAGAACUCUGUCCGAUGUGUCGUGUAAGCAGUGGCCAGAGCACGCAAGGAGAGUAAUAAAACUCGAACAUUUCAGAAUUUGGUCAAUUUCCGAACUUCAUCGAAAAACUAUAAUUUAGAAGGUGCAAAAAAAUCGGAAAAGUGUUAGGAAACAAUUGUUUUCAGAAGCUAUUUCGGUCAUUAAAAAACUUCGCGAAGAGCCCAAAAAGCCGCCUGGGCCCGCGAAUCCAGUGGAAUGCACCGUGUGUGCGAAGAUUGAGAACGAAUCCGCGUUCGGAUCUUUGAAACGUUCAGAAAAUCACCCCUUCCCGCUUUUUCAGAAUGUUCGUGUGCCGAACCUGCGUCUCGGAUGUAUUCAAAUAUGACGUACUUGGAACCAUCAAUCCAGAGACUGAAUUGGACGUCAAGACUCUCGCUUUGUGCGGAAGUUGUGCCAUCGGUGGCCACGUGUCGCUGCGUCACGAGAUAGUUCAGUACUUUCCGAUUUCAGUAGGAAUUUCAGUUCGAAUUCUCGGCCUUCAUCUCUUUUUUCAGUCGGGAUACCAGUUUGAAAGCUAUUUUACUGCUGUAAAUUCCUCGAAAAAUGACCUCGAGGAGCAGGUGAAAAGGAUGCAAGAGCGGUGGGCUCUUCACAAUUCCACUGUCGAACUGUUCUAUAAGGUUGUGAAAAUGGACAGAGCUGAAGGUUAGAAGAUUCUCUCAUUCUCAGGAAGUGGAAAUAAUGACGGAGAUGAUGAUGAAGGCGAAAUCCAGUGAUAUCCAGCAGGAAUUUGCAAAAAGAAUCGGAGACGAGAUCGAGAAAAUGACAAAUCACGUGGUCAAGAUCGCAAGUUUUAUUGCGACGCAGGAGACAGAGUAUCAGGUAAAAUAUGCGCUUCUUUUAAUUGAUCGAACACGUAUUGCCAGGAGACCUUCAAAAAUCUUCUGGAAGUUAACGACAAUGAUGAGAAAACCAAGUGCAGUGAGUUUCCGGAAAAGAAAUCAGAGAUGCAGUGCAACGAUUGCUCGGCUAAGAAACCACUCGAAAAGUGUGCUGUUACGACUUCUUCUGCACCCAAUUCUUUCUUUUCAGAAUGUACUGCUGUCAGGAGUGCUGUGAAGUCGUGCGCGCACUUAUGGGCGGCCUGUUGGACGCCGUCGACGCCGUCGAUUUUGAAACACUCCCGAUCUGCGCGCAAUGCUGUAUAGAAAAUCAUUCAGGAGUUGCCGUUGGACCGCAUUCCGUCGUGAAGUGUGCUGACGUUCUGGUUUUCACUCACUUGAGUGCUUCAAGAAUUUUGUCGUUCAGGCAAAGUAUGAGUCGCUCAUCGGUCAGAUCAGAGUCGAUAAACGCAAAACGGAGUUGAAUAAAAAGUUUGCGGGGCUUCUGGAGACGUGCCAAGGAUACAUGAAUAUUCUGGUAGAAUAUGACAAUGGGCGUGAACUUUUUAAAACUCAUGACGUACAAAGUUUUUCAGAAAAUAUCGCAGAUGGGAAAAAUUGUUAUGGAGAAUCGCGAGCAUCCGGAUCACAAUUUCGUCGUCAAAACAUUUCAAGAUACCUUGGAGGAGGUGAAAAAUGCGGAAUGCUAAACAUUUGCUCUUUUUGCAGGCUGACCAAGUGAUUCAAGAGCUGCAAAUCAAUGCGGAAGUGAAGAGACAUCUAGUUGAGAUGAAAAUCGGAACAUUGAAAGCUGUAGAAGCCGUAGAAGAAUUCGAAGUUAGUGAAGCCUGA